GUAUCACUGCCGGCCAGGUGAGCUCGCCUUUAUAAACAGCGGGGCGUCUGCCCAGGGAUUCUCACUCCCGAGUUCCCGACGAAACAAAACCGCAGACACACAGAUCUACGAGCCGCCGUUGCAGGAGUUUUAAGUGGGACCACAUGAAGAUUUGGAUUCUACUCCCCGUAGCAGCUCUGGCUGCGCUCUGCGGCGCCCAGCGAGACUGUCAACGUGGAGCCUGCUACCCCCCAUCAGGGGACCUGCUUCCGGGCCGGGACACAUACCUCCGAGCCUCCUCCACCUGCGGCCUCGCCGCACCCGAGACCUUCUGUACCCUAUUAACACAGGGGAAGGUCAAAUGUUGCCCCUGUGACUCCCGGAACCCAUCAGGCCAGAAUGCCCACACCAUCCGGAAUGUUCUCUCUACUGCCGGGCCAGGCAGGUGGUGGCAGUCUGAGAAAGGUGUCAGCCCUGUCACUCUGCAGCUGGACUUGCCCCACCUCCUUCAGCUGGACACCCUGACGAUGGAUUUCAAGGGACCCCGGCCCAAUGCUCUGGUGGUUGAGCGCUCCACCGACUUCGGGAAGACCUGGCAGCCCGCCCUGUACAUGGCAGAGGACUGCAGCUCCGCCUUCCCAGCUACGAGAACCACGCUGCCGCGCAGCCUCCAAGAAACCUACUGCUAUGCACUGCCACCAUUCCCAGCCAACCCCUACCUGGACAGCACUAUUCGUUUCAGUCCCCUAAGGCAGUUCUCUGCGAUCAGCAGCCCUCUGAGCCAUAAGGUGGAAGAGGUGUCGGGUUUCACCAACCUGAGGGUGAACCUCACCCAGCUGGGCCCGAUCACCCGCACCACGGGACGCUCAGCCAGCCUCUUCUACGCCCUCAAGGAGCUGCGGGUGAUUGGCACCUGCUUCUGCCACGGACACGCUAACCGCUGCCUGCCAGAUCCCUCCAGCAACCAGCUGCCCUCCGUGGAGGUGAGCCAGGUGUGUGACUGUCAGCACAACACUGCAGGAGUGAACUGUGAGCAGUGUGCAGAUCUCUACAACGACCUGCCAUGGCGACCCGCAGAGGACGGCCAGACACACACCUGCAAACGCUGCGAAUGCAACAACCACGCACAUCGCUGCCGAUUUGACCAAGCGCUCUUCGAGGCUAGUGGUCGGCGCAGUGGAGGAGUGUGCGAAGGCUGCCUCCACAACACGGCCGGCCCCCACUGCGAUCGUUGUGCCCCCGGAUACUACCGCAACCCUGGAAGCGCCAUGGACCGCCCGGAGGCCUGCCUGCGUUGUCAAUGCAGUGCCCCAGGGACCAAGGAUGGAGGACUGUGUGACCCCGAGACCGGAGCAUGCCACUGCAAGGCUAAUGUCGAGGGCCUGCAAUGCCACCGUUGCAGGGCCGGUCACUAUGGGCUGAGCGAGGACAACCCCCUCGGCUGCAGCAAGUGCUCCUGCGGCUCCCAGGCCGACAGCCCCUGUGAUCCAGUGACGGGACAGUGCCGCUGCCCCCCCAAUGUGCAGGGCCCAGGCUGCAACCGCUGUGCCCCCAACCACUGGAACCUGCUGUCUCCGAGAGGAUGUGAGCCCUGCAACUGCGACCCCAACAACUCCUACGGCCAAACCUGCGACCAGCUGACUGGUCAGUGCCAGUGCCGUCCAGGGUUCGGAGGGCGAACCUGCACAGAAUGCCCAGAUAACACCUACGGGGACCUACGCACCGGCUGCCGACCCUGUAAAUGUGAGCAGAGUGGUACAGCCAGAUGUGACAAGCGAACAGGGGCUUGCAUUUGUCUCCAGGGAGUAAGGGGGCCUCGCUGCGACACCUGUGCCCGUGGGCACUGCAGUCACUUCCCUGCCUGCCCAGUUUGCCCCUCCUGCUUCUUCACCUUGGACCAGGAGCUGCGCAACCUGACCCAGACCCUGGAGCGACUCUCGUCUCGGGGCUCCAGCUUGCCCAGCGCCAGUGUGCCUGACCUGAGCCUCCGCAUCCAAGCCCUGGAGGCUUCCCUUAGCCAGAUCCAGAGCUCCCUGCAGCUCCCACUGGAAUCAGCCAAGCGCACAACCGAGGUCCUGGGAGAACUACGCCGUCUGAGGGACCUGGCAAACAGCGUGGAUCCAGGCGCAUUCCCAACGGACACAGGCUUGACAUUAGCCUACGAGCUUGGAGACCUCAGUGCUAGCCUGCAGUCUUUAAUGCUGGAAUACAACCACAAAAGGGACAGUCUGAAUGGAGGCUCUACCAGCAACUAUAGAGGACCCUUUUCUGCCAUACAGUUGGCCUAUCAGGACUCCAAAGAGGCCAUGAGGAAGGCGCAGGCCAGCCAGGAGCUGCUGAAGCAAGCUGCCCAGGCUCGUGGUGACACACUCUCCCUGGUUGACCGUGUCCAGCUGACCAACACCAGGAACCUGGAGGGACUGGAGCGAGAUCUGACAUUAGGGCCCAACCUCACACCCAUAGCUAAGAUGGUGUGUGGCAGCACUCGAUCUACACCCUGCACCCCUCAACAAUGUGAUGGACUGCUGUGCCCCACUACUGCCUCUUGUGGCCAGGAGGAGGACUGCAAUGGGGCACUGCCACUGGGGAACAAAGCCGUGGCAACUGCAGAGGAAGUCAAAGCUAAGCUGAAGAACUUCAACGCCAGAAUUAUCCAGGUCGCUGAUCAGAUCCAAAAAACACAAGAUUCGGCAAAUCAAGUGAGGCUGACAACUGACGAUCUAGCUACUCAGAUCAAACAAACGCGGAACACCCUGGAGGCAGACCUCAGCAGUGCCCGACACUUUGUCAAGAAGCUGAAGGACUUACUCACAGACCCAACCUCUGACCCAGCCAUCAUCCAGACUGUCAGUGAGGGUGUCCUGAACACCAAGUUGCCCCUUAGCCUGGCUUCUCUGAAACGGAAGUUGCAGGAGAUCCAGCGUCUUGCCGUCAGCCUACCUGACAGCUCCAGCAUCCUGACCAGCACCGGCCCACAACUGGACAAGGCCCGAAGGCUGCUGAUGGAGGCUGAGACUGCCAGAGAUGAUGCCUUGGAGGUGGGAGGUAAGGUGAACAGCUUUCUGAGCAACUUGUCGAGCACAGAGGGCCUGAUGGACAACCUGGAGGCCAAGAUCCAGGGAAGCCUGGGGCAGCUGGACCAAGCAAACAAGAAUAUUGCAAAGGCUAAUGUGGAGCUGGGCCCUGCCCUAGAGACAGUGAGAGGAGUGGAGGGCAUAGUGAGGUCCAUGCAGCCACAACUGGACAACCUGAGGACACUGGUGCAGAGUGGGUCACAACUAGCCAAUAAGGCUCAAGAUCAGGCUCAGGAGGCUCAACAAGAGGCGAUGGCUGCUACCACGGGCAUACAGACCCUGGAGGACCAGCUGAAGCAUCUACAGCAGAAAGCAAUGGAGGCAGGUUGGGGGAGUACAGAUGAUGUCUCAGCGGAGAAUGUGAGGAGACUACAGGAGGAGGCUUCUGCCCUCAUCCGGGACACCUCUGGCAUGAUGAAGACAUUAGCAGCUCGGGAGGCAUCCCUGCAGGAGGCCACGGACCAGCUCCUCCGGAAGGCUUCGAUGCUGAAUGGGUUGGACAUCCAGGUGCAGGAUAUCCUGGCCAACAUUCGCAAAAGGGCCUACAUGCUGAGCCACUGUCAGCUGUAACCCCGACCUACCUGGAACUCUUCCUAGUCUGCAAGGAACCCCCUCCCUGAAUUAUUUAUUCAUCCUGAAGCAAAGAGUCCAGGACUUGGAUUAAUAUCCAGAUCGAUCCUGGGAUUCAAGUUCCAAGGAAAUCUAGCAACUACGAUGCAAAUCACAGACAGACAAGAGAUGGUCUCUGGUUUAGACAGUAACGACUCAAACACUCUCACUUUUUGGCAUGCAAACAUGAGUCAAUAAGGUGUAAUAAAGAAUAUUUUGUGACUGUGAA